AUGGCGCGACGGUACGAAAUCGAUGAGCUACUAUGGCUGCGCCAAUCCCCUCUUGUCACAAAACCUCCUGGUCUACCUCCUAUCGAAGAAUGGAUGCCUCAACCUGACCCCACCGCCCAGCGCAAACAACAAAACGCUCGAGAUCCUAACAACGCGAAUGACACAUCCACGACUACCAACCGACGACCGAGCUUUUUUGAACCUCGUCAUAUCGCCCGAGGCUCCAAUUCAGGUGCGCUUGUGCCCACUGAAGAUAUCAUUCUUGGACCCCCGAAGACUGCCUUUGCAUCAUCGCGCAUCGGUGGUAAAGGAUCUUUCGAUCUGACAGAUCGAUCCGCGCGAGUAGCCGAGCCAGAUGAGAAGAACGAUCGAUUCAAUUUCCGAGAUCGAUUCUUCAAGGAGAAGGAUGCUCCGGAGAGAGAUUUAGACCGCCGCGAUGGGAAGGCGGGUCUGAACGGCCGGCGCGGGGACAAGGAGGACUGGAAUGCUGGUCGCCCACGUCGCACCUUUGGCCCCGAGGAACCAGAUCGCAAACCACGCCGGAACGGAGAGUUCGAUCGGUGGGAAAAUCGUGACAAUGCGCGAGAAGUCAACACUGAACGGCCCUCAAACAAAGACUCCCGCUUCGUGAAGAAAGAAGGAACGCCGGGAAGAACCAAAUACGAUGGAAACUGGUUCCGUGAUGAGCAAGCCCAUGAUGGUGCUGAGGCUGAAGACGAUAAAACACCACUUCGCAACCGAGAAUGGCGUCGUGAUCGCCACGGUGCGGACCGCGAUUGGAACCGAGGUGGCAAGAUGGAACAGGAGCCCGAAUGGUUGGACAGCAAUGACCGAGAUGAGCCACGACGGGCACACACACAGGAAGAGUUUGAGCGCUGGAAGGUGGCCAUGAAGGCUGGCUCUGGCGCUGCUCAGAAACCCACUGCCCACGAAGAGAAGAAAGAGGCACCUGUGGAAUCCCAUACACCUCAACAACCCGAGACUCGCCGCACUGACGGUGAGAUUUUCAGUCAAUCUGGCGCCCAGCUCAUAGGCGAUAACUCAAUGGAGCGAUUCUUUGGUAUGUUGAGUGACUCCAAGCCCGCAUCCCAGGAGAUUAGCCCACCAGCUCCGGUAGAACCGGCCCCGAAGCAUGAAAUCCCUAGCGGGAAGCCUGGGAAGUCAUCUAGGUUUGCCGGGUUAUUUAGCCCUCCUCCAGACAGUCCUUCCAGAGGCCCCGAACCGCAGGCUGUUCCUCAGCCUCAAUCUGGAGGCACACCCGUCAGUGCUCACAGCGACGCCGACCAGGAAGGUUUCCAGCGCAUUCUCCAGAUGCUAGGUGGGGGUGGGGGUCGAUCCAACAACGGUACUCCCAACCAAGUCGAUUCAUCGCAUCAAUCGCGAUCUUUGUCAAUGAUGCCAGGAGAGCAGCCCCGUGGCGCCAUGAAUAUGUCAUCUCCGGCGCUCUCGCGUCAUGAAUUCACCAGCCCUCCACAGGAGAGUCCAAUGGCACAAUUUGCUGGUAAAGAUCACCAAUCUCGUGACAGGGAGAACCUGCUCCGCCUGAUGCAGCAAGUUCGGAUCGGUCCCCCAUCUGCUGGACAUUUGCCUCAGUCCCCGAAUGCCGAAAUGAUGCCACGCCCUCCGCCUGGGUUGAGUGCCCAGAAAACACCCACUUUCUUGGAUGAUCCGGCAAUUGCCAACAUGCAGCGGCCGGAUAGUGAUCAAAUGCGCCGCCGGGUGGCCAACGGACCUCCAAUGGGAUACUUUGAUGAUGGACAUUACCCACAAAGCACUCAGAACCAAGGCCCCAUGACUCCUGGAGGCUCUCGACAUCCUCAGGGCCCCCAGCCCCCGAUUAUUCAGCGACCCCCAGGUCUUGAACACAUGCCACCUUCCGGAUGGACCGGUCAACCUCCCCCUCAGCAAGGCAAUGGACCUAUGGGUCCCCCGCCUGGAAUCCCUACUCCUAACCGCGGCAUGAACCCCAAUUUCCCCCCUGGAAUGAUGCCCAUGCCUGGCAACCAACCUCCCAUCAAUGAGCGACAGGGCUUCCCUCGCGGUCUUCCUCCUGGCAUGAUGCCCCCGCCUGGAUACAUGGGUGGGCCCCCACCGCCCGGAUUCCUUCCCAUGCCACCCAACCCGGAGGUUAUGAUGGGACUUGGCCCUGGACAGGGCCCGUUUGGUCCCGGAAACCCGGGUCCCCAGGGACCUCCUCCGUCAUCUCGUCACUUGCUUGAGAUGUUUGGUCAGCCCAACGGCGGAGACAUCCGAAGUGGCAUGGUUGGUCCAGGUCCUUUCCGGUAA